AUGGCUUUCCGAGUUAAUCUUGUUAAGACAACUAGCAAGUGGGUCUGCAAGGAGUUUAUUGCUGACCAUUCCCACUGGUUGACUUUCAAAUUGCACAAGCAAUUCCUUCAAUCAAACCGGGUUGUUUCCGAUGGAUAUACUAACCAAGUGAAGUCCUUGAAAGAAACUGGUGUGCGGACGUGUCACAUAAUGUCGUACAUGGCAAAUCAAGUUGGAGGUUACCAUAAAAUAACUUUUACAAUGAAGGACAUGUACAAUCGAAUGCCAGCUGUGUCAACAGUCGACUUUGCUGCAUCAGAUGUCGGUCGAGCGUUGGGGAACUUAGAACAUAAAAUGGAUAUGGACCCUGAUUUCUUUGGAAUUUUUUCAUAUGAUAAUUCAAAUCGACUUUUGAACUUAUUUUGGGCUGAUGGGAAAGCUCGUUUAGAUUACGAGACAUAUGGACACUCAAUUUCCUUUGACUCGACUUAUAAAACAAAUAGCUAUGGUAAACCCUUAUUGAUAUGCGUAGGAGUCAAUAACCACUUCAAAACAUGUCCAUUUGGCUAUGCAAUCCUUGAUAAUGAUUCGACAAGUAGCUAUAUGUGGGCAAUAAAGGCAUUCCUUGAAUGCAUGCAUAGGGUGGCGCCGAAGACUGUGGUCACAGAUGGUGAUCUUGCUAUGGAAACAUCCAUCGAAGCGUUGAUGCUGAAUGAAGUACACCGUCUUUGUUAUUUGCAUUUACACAACAAAGCUAUUUUGAAGGGUAAGGAUUGUACGUUUGCGCAAAGGCUUAGUGACUUAUGUUUCACGUACUAUGAGGAGGAGGUUUUUGACCACAAACUAAAUGAACUAAUAACAGAGCAUGAACUAGAUGGCACCGACUAUGCAGCAAAACUAUGGGCAACAAAACACAAGUGGGGGGAGACUUUCCUUAGGGGAAAUUUUUUUGUGGGAUGA